UCAAAGCAUUCAGUCUCCCCAAGGGGUUAACCAACUAGAAAUGAAAGGAAGAGGGGGGCAAAGGGAGAGAAGGAGCCUGAGGCAGAUACGGAACGAUCUCUGCAGAGGAAUUACAAGAAAGUCAUUUAAGCCCAUUUCCAGACCUGCUCUGCUGGCAAGAUGGGGAAAUAAAUAAUCAGUGUCCUGGCCUGAGAGAGCUUCCUCCAGGGGGUGGCCCAAGCGUGGGAGGGUGAAGAGAGGCAAAGCUUAUGAAGCUAUAUCCACAGAGGGAUUCUCCCCAGGGAAUGAGGGGACAGGGUUGGCGACGUGCGGGAUCCAGGACGGGGGCGCAGAGGCUCCCGCACCACCUGCUGCAAGGCUUGGCUCCAAGGAAGGCGAACUUAGCACCCUGGCGUCCCGGGAGAACUCGAGGUGGGUCGCUUGACUGAGAGGGGGGGAAUGGGGCGGGAGCUUAAAAGCGGGGUCCGGGACAGCCUGAGGCUUAGUCCUGGGCUGUGAAGGCGCGGUACAGGAGAGGACACGGGAGUAUGUAUUAAUAACCCGUGACUUUAAGGCGAGCAGGAUGAAGAUGCCCGAGCUUUUGGAGAAAAGGGAUAGAAGAGAGCAAUUCCCUUCUUCAUCCCGACUUGCUUUCCGGUGGGAACUCGCGACAGUUGUCCCCGGGGACCAACCUGUCCUAAGCUAGGCUACCGUUGGCGGUGUCACUACACCCUCCAGCUGUGCGCUCAGGCAGCGGAAGGAGGGCUGCCUCGGGCGGGCGAACGCGCGGGUCGGGGCAGGGUCCUCACCACACCCCGCCCACCCUGCAGCAGCUGAAGCCAAGCCCGGACAUGAAUGAGGGGCCUCUCCGAGGGAAAAAUAAAAAGGGCGCAGCUGCAUCGGCUAUCCCAGGGAGCCUGCAGGUGUGCAACUUUGCCAGGCGCACGGGAGCACGUCCCCCUCCAGCCAGCCGCCCCCGGCACCCGGCUCCCACUGCCAGCGUCGCUGCAACCCCAACGGAGUGGACAGCCCCGGGGGGCGCAGGGCCCAGUCGAGCACGCAGUCUUUCGACCCCGCCUCGCAGGUCCCGCAGUCAGCGCCCGGCCAGUCCCCGCGGCACCUGCUGCGCCCUUCUCACGUUUUCCCAAUCCCCAGCCUCCCAACCUUGAGAAACUACACUCUCCCUCUCCCCCUGGCGUCCCAGUCCUGGGGACGUGCGGAGGCGGGAGAGGAGGGCGAUAGGAAGGGGGUGGGGACGUGAAAAGACGGUCCCAGCCUUCCUCGCCCGCCACCCCCACCGCAACUCGGCAGCCGUCACGUGGUGCCUGGAGUGGGAGGUGGGGAGAAGAGACGAGACUUUUUUGGGUGCUCCGGCUCGCCAGUAGUUCCUCCAGUCUCAACCGCCAACUCCGGAGACGCCGCGCUCUGCCCCGGAGCGCCAGCGGGAGGAGCGGCGACCCGCAGCCGGGAGCACGGGCCCGGGCGAUGCUGGCGCCGCCGGCGGCACCUGCGGCUCCUCUUGGCGGCGGCGGUGGCCUCGGAGGCAGGAGCGCGGGCCCCAGCAGCCUCGGCAGCCACAGCCGCUGCGGCCCCGACAGCCUCCGCCGCGGUCGCCGCCUCUGAUGCGCCUGCCCUCUCCCGGCUACGCGGCGCCGGGAGGAUGUGGGUCCUCGGCAUCGCAGCAACUUUUUGCGGAUUGUUCUUGUUUCAAGGCUUUGCGCUGCAAAUCCAGUGUUAUCAGUGUGAAGAAUUCCAGCUGAACAACGACUGCUCCUCCCCCGAGUUCAUCGUGAACUGCACGGUGAAUGUUCAAGACAUGUGUCAGAAGGAAGUGAUGGAGCAAAGUGCGGGCGUCAUGUACCGGAAGUCGUGUGCGUCUUCAGCGGCCUGCCUCAUCGCCUCCGCCGGGUACCAGUCCUUCUGCUCCCCUGGGAAACUGAACUCAGUGUGCAUCAGCUGCUGCAACACCCCUCUUUGCAACGGGCCCCGGCCCAAGAAACGGAGCAGUUCCGCCUUGGCCCUCCGGCCCGAGCUCCCCACCACCGUCCUGCUCCUCCACUUGGCCCUCCUCUUGGCUCACUGCUGAAGCUGAAGGAGAUGCUCGCCCCUCCUGCUUUGUUCUUCGGGCCCUCCGCUCCCUCUGCUCCCCAAGCUUCUCCUGGGUGUCCUGUUAUUCUGGGUGGGGAGGGGAGUGUGUUCUCUUUCGUUCAGUUCCUUCGUCACUGGAAGAGCGCAGUGUAAAACAUUUUUUGUAAGCUCUGAAUAAAUUCAGUCUGAAUUUUCA